AUGGUUUCCCUCUCUAAUCAAACCACGUUUUCUUUCUAUCCAAACAACCUUUUCGUUUCCGACAAGACCCGCCUGGGAGUCACCGGACUCAACUUCCCCAGGAAAAUCAAGGUGAAAGUCACUUGCUUCGCAGCCGACCAACCACGCCAACAAAAGCAGCAGAAGAAGAAGAAGAGUCAGAACACUACUAGCGAUUCCGAUUCUGGACUCGACCCUGUUGGGUUUCUCACCAAACUUGGAAUCGCUGACAGAAUCUUCGCCCAGUUUCUCCGUGAAAGGCAUAAAGCUUUAAAAGACCUUAAAGAUGAGCUUCUCAAACGCCACUUCGAUCUCAGAGACCUUGCUUCAGGGUUUGAGUUACUAGGGAUGCAUAGACACAUGGAACACCGUGUUGAUUUCAUGGACUGGGGUCCAGGUGCUCGCUAUGGUGCUAUCAUCGGAGACUUCAACGGAUGGUCUCCAACAGAACAUUCCGCUAGAGAAGGACUAUUCGGCCAUGAUGACUUCGGUUAUUGGUUCAUUAUUCUUGAAGAUAAGUUAAGAGAAGGAGAAGAGCCAGACGAACUAUACUUCCAGCAGUACAACUACGUCGAUGACUAUGAUAAAGGAGACAGCGGUGUAACAGCGGAAGAGGUUUUUCAAAGAGCUAAUGAUGAGUACUGGGAGCCUGGUGAGGACCGGUUCAUUAAGAACCGGUAUGAAGUUCCUGCGAAACUGUACGAGCAGCUGUUUGGUCCUAACAGUCCACAGACGUUAGAAGAUCUAGGAGAUAUACCGGAUGCAGAGACGAGGUAUAGGCAGUACAAAGAGGAGCAUAAGAAUGAUCCUCCAAGUAAUCUACCUCCAUGCGACAUAAUUGAUGACGGUCGAGGAAAACCAUAUGAUAUCUAUAAUGUCGUAACAUCUCCGGAGUGGACUAAGAAGUUUUAUGAGAAGUCACCUCCGAUUCCGUAUUGGUUAGAGACACGUAAAGGAAGGAAGGCUUGGUUGGAAAAAUACAUUCCUGCUGUUCCACAUGGAAGCAAGUAUAGAUUGUAUUUCAAUACUCCUGAUGGACCGCUUGAAAGGGUGCCUGCUUGGGCUACUUAUGUGCAACCAGAGGACGAGGGAAAGCAAGCUUAUGCAAUUCACUGGGAACCUUCUCCUGAAUCUGCAUACAAGUGGAAAAACUCUAAGCCAGAAAAACCAAAGUCCUUGCGCAUAUACGAGUGUCAUGUUGGAAUCAGUGGGUCUGAGGCAAAAGUUUCAUCUUUCGAAGAAUUUACCAAGAAGGUCCUUCCUCAUGUGAAAAGAGCAGGAUACAAUGCAAUUCAGUUGAUUGGCAUCCCUGAGCACAAGGAUUAUUAUACUGUCGGUUAUAGGGUUACUAAUUUCUUUGCUGUCAGUAGCCGAUUUGGAACCCCUGAUGACUUCAAACGCUUAGUUGAUGAAGCACAUGGCCUAGGACUCCUUGUCUUCUUAGACAUUGUGCAUUCUUAUGCAGCAGCUGAUCAGAUGGUUGGGCUUUCGCUUUUUGAUGGUUCAAACGAUUGCUAUUUUCAUUAUGGUAAACGGGGGCAUCACAAACACUGGGGCACACGGAUGUUCAAAUAUGGCGACUUGGAUGUUUUUCAUUUUCUCAUUUCAAAUCUGAACUGGUGGAUUACAGAGUAUCAAGUUGAUGGUUACCAAUUUCACUCGCUUGCAUCGAUGAUCUACACGCACAAUGGUUUUGCUCCUUUUAAUAGCGGUUUUGAUGACUAUUGCAAUCAGUAUGUUGACCGAGAUGCUCUGAUGUACCUCAUUUUGGCCAAUGAAAUCCUGCACGAUCUACAUCCAGAUAUAAUAACAAUUGCUGAGGAUGCAACAUAUUACCCUGGGUUGUGUGAGCCAGUUUCUCAAGGUGGACUAGGAUUUGAUUAUUAUGUGAACCUUUCUGCGACAGAAAUGUGGGUUUCUCUCCUUGACAGCGUACCGGAUAGUGAAUGGAGCAUGAGCAAGAUUGUCAGUACAUUGGUGGCUAACAAAGCGUAUGCAGACAAGAUGCUCAGCUAUGCCGAAAGUCACAACCAAUCCAUAUCAGGAGGGCGUUCAUUUGCUGAAAUCUUGCUUGGUGGAGUCCAAAAUGAGAUUAAGUUGCUGCACAGGGGCGUUUCACUGCAUAAGAUGAUUAGACUUCUAACGUUUACAAUUGGUGGCCGUGCUUACCUCAACUUCAUGGGAAAUGAAUUUGGACAUCCUGAGAGGGUUGAGUUUCCUACACAGAGCAAUAAAUUAUCGUUUUCACUGGCUAACCGCCGCUGGGACCUGCUGGAAAGUGAAAUCCAUCAUCAGUUGUUUUCCUUUGACAAGGAACUAAUGGACUUGGAUAAAAGCAAGGGCAUCCUUUCAAGAGGUCUGCCCAGCAUCCACCAUGUUAAUGAUACAAAUAUGGUAAUUUCAUUCUCGAGGGGUCCUUUCUUGUUUAUCUUUAACUUCCACCCGUCGAAUUCAUAUGAAAAGUAUGGUGUCGGCGUAGAGGAAGCUGGUGAAUAUACAAUGAUACUGAACUCUGAUGAAGCGAAAUAUGGGGGUCAGAGACUUCUAACGGAGGACCAGUAUGUUCAACGGUCGAUUAGCAAGAGGUCUUUAGUUUUCACAUAG